GUUGUUACUGGCUCCACUGAUGGAAUUGGCAAAUCAUAUGCAGAGUUGUUGGCCAAGAAAGGGAUGAACAUCGUUCUGAUAAGUCGCUCUCCUGAAAAACUCAAGACUGUGGCCAAUGAAAUUAGAAAAUACAGCUCCAUUGAUAUGAAAUGCUUAGCUGUUGAUUUUAGCCUGGACUUGUCAAUGUAUAAAAAGAUUGGAGAUGAAUUGAAAGGACUUGAUAUUGGUGUUCUUGUGAACAAUGUAGGUAUGUCCCACAACCAUCCUGAAUUCUUGCUUGAAUGCAAUGACAAGGAUCUAGAGAAUAUGGUUAACAUCAACUGUUUCUCUGUAGUCUUUAUGACAAAACUUGUCCUAGCUCAAAUGGUUGAGAAGAAGAAAGGCCUGAUCAUCAACAUAUCUUCAUUGUCUGCUCACCAAUCCACCCCUCUGCUUGCUACUUACGCUGCUACUAAGGCUUUUGUGCGUUUGUUUAGUAAAUGUGUUGAGGCUGAAUACAAAUCAAACGGCAUCAUUGUACAGUGUGUAUCUCCUGGUUUUGUGGCAACAAAGAUGUCCAAAAUAAAGAAAGCUUCCUUCAUGGUUCCCGGUGCAGAUAAGUUUGCAUCAUCUGCUCUCUCGACUGCUGGUUUGCAUUCAGAUGUUACUGGGCACUUCAGUCAUGAGUUGAUGGUCAGUGUCUUGCUGAAUGGAUUGGGGUUUUUUAAUGCUGGCUGCUUUAGUUAUUGGAUUUAUGUGUACAUUAUUCUUGCUGUUUUGAUUAUACUUAUAUUCUUUGUUUAG